AUGUUUAAAGGUGUUCUUCAUUUAAAUAAUGAUACUUUAGACAUGAAAAUGCCUUUUGUUGUUAUGAUCCCCUUAACAGGCAAGGGAGGAUGUUGCGAAGAUACACUGGAGGGUGAACAUGUUAAAUCGUUGCUUGCUCUAGGAAUUACACACAAGGGAAAUAUUUCUACUGAUUUAAAGUUAAUGAGGCUUUUACCGUACCAAAUAUUACGUAUGUUAAGCAAGCAAAUGUGUGUACAUGAAGAUGGGAACGAUAGAUAG